UGUAACAAUUUAUAAUUAAACUUUUUAAUUGAAUUUAAAAAAUUUUUGUAUUUUUUAAAUAUUUUUGAAAUGAUCCAAUCUUAUAAAAUCCCGUCUAAGUGUUUCAAAUGAUGGAUUGCGUAGAUUGCAGGAUUUUUUAUAUAUUAAUUAUUAGACUUGUAAUGUACGAAUGGUAGAAUGCGCCAGUGGAGGAAACAGUCAACUCCUUAUUGCUGCCAUACGGCGUUUUUACCGUUAUACAUUACGCAACUUCUUCCUCGCGCACAGACGUGUGAUAUGCAUGUACAUACAACUGCACCGUCACGCGUCGCACGAACGAAUACGAAAGCGGGUUUCAGAACAAAGAAUCCGAACGACUUCCGCGCAGAAGAAGAACGUUUGCAAAAUCGCUACACUGCAGAUGCCUCGGUGAAGUCCGGAAAAUUCUGUCUAGCCGUUUUUAUUCAUGUUUUGCGAGUACAGUUGUCGCUCUUCGGCUCGUGUAUGGAAUUACCAAAUCAACCGACAAGAGUUAUCGGGAAGGUCGUUACGUUUAUCUAUAUUAUAUUUAUGCAUCUUUUUGCCUUGCUGUUUACGACAUUUUACAUAAUUACACGCGGACUCUACAUUAUUUACAUUUUCCCAAUAAUAUCUCUACAAGCGGUUUGAUGGUAUACUGAUGAUUGUGAGAAGAGUCGAGAUUUUGCAACUGGCGACUGGCGCACAAGUUGAGUCAUGCAUAUACUUGAAUACAUACCACGUACGUAUCGCGUGCCUAUAGAUAGACGCCAAUAAUGAAGUCUUUAGUUUUGAAGCAACGCGAGAAACAUGCUUAAUUUUUUGUACCUCUCUCAAUCCAAUUCCACAAUUUUACGCCAGCAUUUUCGCUAUUUCCAAAUUGAGCAAUCUGGAUGAUAGUUAUUAAUUUAUUUUCAAGUAUAUGAAGAGAAGCGCACGCAAAAUUAUUUGUUUUUUGUGUACUUUGAUGUCGCAACGCUACCGCGUCAUUUGAUAAAUUACUUGCAUGCAGAUUUACUCCGAAAAUGAGAAAUAUGCUUGAUUUUUAAUAAACUUCCUAAUGAAAUUUUACAAUUUUACGUUCGCUAAUUCAAAAUCUAGAGGCAUGAUAUUUAUUAAUUUAUUUUUAAAUGCAUAAAUAAAAUCGCACGUAAAAUUGUACCAUUUUUAUGCAGUUUAGCGUCACGGUGCGACCGCGUCGCUUGAUUUAAAAGGGAAUAUAAAAACUAUUUGAUAUGUAUAAUAACUACGUGCGCUGCUCAUGAAGCAGCGCGAGAAACAUGUUUAAUUUUUAAUGAAAUUCCUGAUCGAAUUACACAAUUUUACUUUACUCGCUAUUUCAAAACUCAAAAAAGAGAGAUGGUAAUCAUGAAUGUAUUUUGUGUACUAACAGAAGCGCGCGCGCAAAAUUUUAAUAUAAACUCAUCUGCUUGAAAGAUUUAGAUUAACGCCAUGGAUUACGAUGUGAUCGUUCAACUGUUAGUCGAGAAUACAAUUAAAGCAGUGUAAGAAUGAAGCGCAAAGUAUAUUUGUAUCACGAUAGCGAAGCGGUUUUAGAUUUAAGAACGUUAGCUUGCGUUACGCGGCGUAAUCUACUUUGCGCUCCUUAUCCGCAUUGCAUUGCACAUUGCGCAACGCGUAUCGUUAGUGCGCAAAGGAAUAACAUAUGCAAAUGAAUAACAUAUGCAAAGGAAUGCGCGCAUCGUACAGUUGGCGAAUGGCGAAAAGCUAAAGCGUCAAGCUUCUGCGUUUCUGGAGCGGAGACACGGUGCAUUGUUAUCUUUUUCGCGCGCUAUUGUACUGCGAUGAAUGUUUCACGAUGGACAUCUGGUAAUUUUCUGCGCGCCUGCCGAUCGAUCGGACGCUGCUAAUGACGUGUUAUUUUUGCAACGAAUGCAGCAUGCAAAUUUUUAUGCGCAUGCAAUAUUUUAUGCACUACGUAGAAUAAGCGAAUUCGGAAGAAUUCGGAAACGCAUGAAUUUAUUUUUCAUAAAAGAAGAGAAGUCGUCUCUGUAUUCAAUAUUUAAUAAUAUACUUUAUCGACUCCUAUUUUUAUCCAUCAGUCAUCACUGUUCGCAUAUGAUUCGAAAAUUCGUUUCAGUAAUUAUUAUUUCAGUAAUUAAGAUAAUCUUGUGAUACAGAAUUAUUCGCAUACAAUCUGCGUCCCUCUCCAAAAUAAUUUAGGUAUAUAAUAUCUGACAAUGAAUUAUAUACGCAUAUAUGAAUAAUUUAGAUAUAAAUUAUUUUGAAUAAGUCUAAGUAUAAAUCUUUACACACACAUACACGUAUAAAAGAUAACUAUUGAUCAUUCAGACAAUAUUUUAUACACAUAUCUCCGCUUACUAAUUCAUCUUCGAAAUAUAUCCCAAAAAUUGUUUCCUGUAAUAAAUAUUUUUACAAAAAAAAGCGAAAAACUUGCAUCCUGAAGAAAUAUCAUUAUUUUAGAAUCCUAGAGAUGAGUUUUGCGAGAGUCGAUUCGCGUGGCUAAGUACAUACACGUACAUACACAUAGCCUCAGACCACCCACUCGUGUCGCCCUGACGACGUUUCUUCGCUCGUCGAUAAUCACGGCGCCAGCCGUGCGCCAGCCACCACGCGAUAUCGCUCGUGUGGUGGACCGUGGACGAUCUUUCGGGUCAUCUUUCAUUUUUCGGGACGAGAAACUACAAUAGCGGGGGUGCAAGAAAAAAUACGGAGCGGUGAGUCAGCGGCAAGUUAGGUAUUGGUAACCGGCUUUCCUCUCUCUUUCGCUAUCUCUCUCUCUCUCUCUCUCUCUAUCUCUGUCCCGUUCGCGAACUCUUUCCGUUCCGUUUCUUUUUUCCUCUCUCGCACCGUAUAAUCCCGUUGUGGUUAUUAUCCCUCGCUCUCCGUCUCGUGUUUCUCAACGCUCUGACACUUUCGAACGAAUCGACGCCGCCGCGGCCGCCGCGCGCGAGUCCAGGUAACUCUUCAUUGCGCGCACAGUUCGCUCGGGCGCGCAGGUGCACUGCCUGAUUUCGUCCUCGCGUCGUGUUCGUCACCGCGACGCUUCCCGAUUAGGAGCGCACAGAGAGUCAUCUCUGCUCCUUCCGGGACUUGUGCAUAAGAGGCUGUCCGAUACACUAUCACUGACGCGUGUCCGAAAAAGAGAGCAAAAUGGCCGAGUACUGCGAAUAUAUGUGGUGCGAUCCCGCUCGAGGUCGUAGCAGCGGUUUGGUCCGUAGCAUUUACGAAGAAGGCGGCAGGUUCGAUAAACGCGAUAAGAAACUGGCUAUUAAGAUUGUCAGGUCUAUACUUCGGCAAAUGCCGGAUGUAGACCUAGAGCAUUGCACGGAUGAGUAUAUCACGCGCUUCCUGCUGGCACGGAAGUACCGCACCGAGCAGGCGGCGGCCCUGAUAGCCGCUUAUCAGGCGCAAAUAACGCACCGCCAGGAUAUCUUCGGCAAUCUCACCGCCCGGGACCCGGCGUUGCAGCGCGCGCUUCGCGCGGGCAUACCGGGUGUCCUGCCCGCGCGUGACAGGAAAGGCAGAUGCGUGCUGGUUAUUUUAGCGUCGCAGUGGGAUCCUAUUGCCGUGCCCGCAUUGUCUGUUCAACGAGCGAUCUUCUUAGUUCUGGAAAUACUUAUUCAAGAUCCUCGAAAUCAGCAAUCCGGUUUCGUCGCCGUGGUAGACUGGAGCGGAUUCUCAUUGCGGCAGGGCGGCGCACUUGGGGCAGCGGCUCUGCGAAACCUAAUAGCUGCCUUGCGUGGGCGAUUCCCCGCCCGAUUCAAGGCGAUACACUUCCUCUCGGCGCCGUUCUAUGUCCAGGCGACUCUAGCUCUGGUGAAGCCAUUUUUGGACGAGAAAACACGGAAUAAGAUUCAUCUGCACGGUAACAAUCUCAGCACGCUUCACGAUCAUCUGCCGACGGACAUCCUGCCGGCGGAGCUCGGUGGAACGGGACCAGCCUUCAACCCGGGACUGUGGGCCGAGCCGGUCAUCCACUCGGCGAUGAAAGAGGCCGAGCUCGCCGCCGCCAAAAAGGGAAAAGAGCGUCAUCGCGUCGACGCGCAAGAACCGGCCAGCCUUCGGGACGGAUCGGAAGCCGCGAACGGAAAUCGUCGGGGGAGCGACGGCUCGGACGUCUCGGCGAACACGGACAAAACGUCGUUGAACAACUCCGACGAUCCCGCGAGGCCCUCUUCCGCGGGCAGGGCGACGCAGAUGGACGUAGAGCUGAAUGUAAUAAAUAAGCAGUCGAACAAACAAAACGAGACGACGGGAUUUGCGACGAGAAACGUCGAGGGUAACGUUAAUAACGUUAAGGAACAAUUACACGAAGAAACAUCGAACGGAAACGUGGACGUGACGCGUCGUCGUUCCGACGAUAGAACGGAUCAGGCCAGGGACGCGGCGAAUGACUCGGCGCUCCUCGACGCGGACAACAACUUGACCGAGUUCAAGAUGAUCUCCGGCAGCAGGUCGCGCAGCGAGAGUAGCAAGGACAACUCGCUGGACAACAGAUUGGAGGGGAAGGCUCUCAUCGUCGCCAACGGCAACAGCGAAACGCCGUCGGAAGAAACGACUCUCAUAGCGUCGUAACGUCGAUCUCCGUAGAGCUACUUGUAUAACGCUUGCUGACAGAAAUCCGUCUCUUCCUGCUGAACGAGGAAGUUAACUCUUUUCUUUUUUUUUCUUUUUUACAAGCGAUGUUGAAUCUGUGGAUAACGGUUCAUAUAUAGUCUCGGGAUAUCGUAAUUUUAUCGAUGAUAGCGACAGAUUUUUUUCGUAGAUUAUUUCUUAGAUUAUAAUUAGGGUUCGGUGCUUUUCUGGUUGCGGAUUUCCGCCUUCUUGGGAUAUAUAAAACCAGGAAGUGAAAUUUUUAUAUUGAUCUUAAAAUACCAUUAGAAGUGAGUAUUACAAGCGCACUGCAGAAAAGUCCUUGAACGUUCUUUUUUUUAUCCUUAAAUGGUACUUAUAAAACGUGCAAAAAUAUUAAAUUCGCGUUGAAGCUUACAAGAAGGGACACGACAUAUUUUGCUUCUAUAGAGUUAUGAUCCUUGCAUUAGGCACGUUUAAUUUUACAAUUAUGACAUUGAGUUGAAACUGUGAUACCUGUUUUACAAAUUAUAUAUAGAUAGCUCUUUUUAAAACGAUCUAAUUAAUGUCAAGGGCUGUUCAUGAUCAUUCUUACACAUAUUUUUAGCACAGGAUUCAGGUAUGUUUUGAAAUUUGUAAUGAUCGAUUGGCAAAAUGUCUUUUAAACUGCAGUUAUGAGAGUUGAAGAACGAAUGAGCAUAAGAGGUUUCAUGAAAUACACAAAUAUCAUGUACAUUUACAAAUAGUGCAGUCUUAUCGAGAUUCGUACUUCGUACUUCAUUAGGAGUAAAAUCAAUAUUUUCAAUAUAAUCUAUAUUUUUUCAAAUGGCUUACAUAUAGCUUUAGUUCGUACAUAGCUUUUGAUAUCUACGAACUAAAAUACGUUUUUCUCAGCUUAUUAUAAGCUGUAUUUUAAGCCAUAUACUGACGUUAAAUACAUGUUCUUUUAACGACUAUUUGUCUCAUCAAUAAAUUUUUUGCUUAUCUGCAUUUUAUACAUAUCACAUCACCGCAAGAAAAGCAACAAUCAAGUAAAAAUCAAAUUUUUGGAAUUAUUAUUUUUCGUAUUAUGUGCAGAUUGUGUUCUGUAUAUAUUGGUCUUCAAUCAGGAAAAUGAUUCAAGUUAAAUUCAAAUACUUUCUAAAGUAAAAUGACACAAGAAAAAAAUGAUAUAAAUCAAAAUAGGAAUAGUUUUUAGGGACAAUUUAACACUAACAACAUUAAUACGUAUUUCUAAAGAACUUGAAACAAACAAUAUGUGUGAUUAGCUCUAAAUUAAUUUAUAUUUAAUAUUGUGUAAUGAAAAAUUUAAAAAAAUACACAAUUUUCUUUCCUGUUUUCUGAACAAUUUUAUAUUUAUAACUUGUGCCACUUUUCUUGCGGGCGUGCGAUAUAUAUAUAUAACUUAUUUAUGAUGAAGACAAAUUGGAAAAUUCGUAGAACUCUAAGACGUGAUUCAUUAUGCACUAUGUCUAAAUGUAUGACAAUUUUUACGUUGUGAUAAUUAUUAUAUAUUUAGGUUAAAAAUAUAUAUUUUAAACGCGACAAUUUAUAAUCCACACUUCUUUCAUUUAUGUUAUACUGAUUAUUAUAAAAGUAUUUAAUUAAUUAAGCUAUAAAAUUAUUUUACUUUAUGGAGAAACGUCUAUAUAUUAAUAAAAUAUUUUACGUUAAUCACCAUGUCAGUAAUAUUGAAAAAAAAGAACAUCGGAUACGAGGAGGAUGUAAUUGUGAUGAAAUAAUAUAAUAAAAAUUUAUUUCGAUAGAUAAAA